AGCGUGAACUACAUUUCCCUUGCUACGCACUGCAUCUCGAUGACGGUGUUUAUGCGACGUUCAUCUCAGCGUGCGAAAAAAAUGGCGGACGCAAUGAACGUUGGUGUGAAUUUAGAAGCAUUUUCUCAAGCAAUAAGUGCUAUUCAGGCACUUCGUUCAAGUGUAACAAGGGUUUUUGACUCUCUGAAAGAUGGGAUGAAAAACAAAGAAACCCUCGAAGGACGCGAAAAGGUUUUUAUUACCGAGUUUCAAGAUAACCUGCAGUCUGUGAAUCGCGACUUGAAUGAAUUGGAACGCCUCAGUACCCUGGUUGGCAGACCUUCAGAGAGUCAUCCCCUUCACAACAGUGGCCUGUUGAGUCUGGACCCAGUUCAGGACAAGACCCCGCUGUACAGUCAGCUCCUUCAGGCAUACAAGUGGUCUAACAAGCUUCCGUCUCUUUCACGACGUUUCAUCAGACGGGGAGCAGAGCUGCCGACAGGCUUCUGCCGCUUCCACAUCAAAUUACAAUACCACGCUGGCUUGGCGUCCAGUCUUCUCAACCAGCAGUCACUCAAGCGCUCAGCUAACCAAAUGGGGGCAUCAGCCAAGAGAAGACCCAAAGUCCAGCCCAGUACCCUGGUGCUGCCACCACAGUAUGUGGAUGACGUGAUAUCGAGGAUCGGCCGGAUGUUCCCAGACAUGUCGAUUGAACUCUUCCGACCCAAUGGGACAUCGGCAGUACUUCUGGUGACAUUGGGGAAAGUGCUGAAAACCAUUGUGGUGAUGAGAAGCCUGUUCAUAGACCGGACCAUCGUGAGAGGAUUCAACGAGAACGUGUAUUCCGAGGAUGGCAAGCUGGAUAUCUGGUCGAAGUCAAACUAUCAAGUAUUUCAAAAGGUUACGGAUCAUGCCACUACUGCUCUGCUGCACUACCAACUCCCCCAGAUGCCCGACGUGGUGGUACGUUCCUUCAUGACCUGGCUAAGAAGCUACAUCAAGCUGUUCCAGACCCCGUGUCAGCGUUGUGGGAAAUUUCUGCAGGAGGGCCUUCCCCCGACCUGGAGAGACUUUCGUACCCUGGAGGCAUUCCACGACACGUGUAGGCAAUGAGGAAUCAGCGGGGGGGGGGGGGGGGGGGAGUUCAAUUGGAAACUGUUCUGACACCCCAUCUAAUAAGACUGCACCUGCUCUUCAACCUCUGCCUACACUGUUCAUGUAGGAAUCAGCACUGUUGUUUAUGGACUGUAUGUCACUGCCUUAUAGUCCUCCUCCUGGUUGAAUGGGCAUCAGGAAGCCAACUGGGUUGGAAUGGGAGGGAGAAGGGAUCUAAUCAAAUAUGCCAAGACUGCCACUAUUGGUUCUUCCUCCCUCAUUGACACAUAGGGCUGAGGCAGUAGUGGCAGUCCCGGUGCUUUGAUUUGAAUUUUGUUGUUGUCCUCCCACUGUGUUGGAUGAUGUCAUAUUAAUGUGUCUACUCACGUUUAACCCAAUCUCACACUUUAAUCCAAUCUCACAGCUGUCCAAAUGUUUGCCAUAUAAUAAAUUGUUCAGUGCUCCUGCUCCAGCCCCCUGGUUGUGCUUAACCUUCUUAUUUAGGUUCUGCACAACCAGAACUUCUCCAAAUAAUAAUAAAAUAAGUUAUUUUUCAGCAAAGUUAGAGCAAACACAUGUAUGGCCCAAAUAUUGUGCAGUUUGUUUGGCAUUGUGUUGUAUCCCUUUUGUACAGGAGCUGAGUUUAAUAUUUCAUGAACCAUGCUGGAUAUGUGGAGGAAAAAGGCUUUUUUUUGUGAGGUGGGAGUUAAAGGCAAGUGAAGGGAAUUGCUCAUUUUGUAGAAUUAGGCGGCACUUUACACUUUCAAAAUAAUCUGUGCUCUUUUUUGAUAACCACUGUCUAAAUAAAGUACAACAUUUUGUUUAAUAGUA